CACAAGUCACACCCCAGCUGUCCCGAAACAUUUUCCUCCAUUUCUCUCGCCCGCCCCGCCACCGCCAAGAAAGAAAGAAGCGAGCUCGGUUCAUGCCGAGCGACGCCGCCUUCCCGCCGCCGGCUUCAGUUUCCAAGAACAGCGGCCGCAAGAUGCACAAGAUGCUCAAGUCGGCCUUCAAGCGUGCCGACUCCCCGGGUCUGAGCGCCGCCUCAGGGGACGAGCCGGAGCUCAGCCCGUCGGCGUCAGUGGGAUCGAGCGCCUCGAGCGGUAGCCGAGCGUCGUCGGGAAAGCGUGUCGGCCGGGGGUCGCGGAGCGACGACGUCGGCGACCGGUCCAGCCGCGAGAGCUUCGAGCUCGACGGUUCCAAGAACGAGAAGAUGGUGGCGCUGGCGGCGCUGCGGGACGCCAAGAUCGCGUCGGCGUACGAACCAUUCCCGUGGGAGAGGAAAAUGAGGGAGCUGCUGCCGGUGCCGGACUCGAGCCGCUUCCUGUCGCUGCUGCUGCUCCCCAAGGCCACGGACGGCACCCACACCCGCUACAGCUCCCUCGACGACACCCUCGCUCGCGCCGACGCCUGGCUCGCCUCCUCCCGCAGCUCCGGCGUCCCCGUCCAGCUUGCAAGCGUCCAGACCGAGGCGUUGCUCACCAAGAUCUCCGGCGAGACGGCCGUCUCGACGGUGAACACCCUCUCCGACCUGGCCAACAUGUCCAACGUCAGCCUCUACGGGUUCGAGGACUACCACGGCGUGGACAUUGGCCUGGUGCGCGCGGUGCGGCUCUGGUACGCGCCGUCGGGCGCCGGCGGCGAGACCGCGGUGGAGAUCGCGCUGCGCCAGGGAGACACCAGGCUCGGCUUCGCCAUUAGCCGCACCGAGGAAGGGUUCAUCUACGUGUCGUCCGUGGCGGACGAGAGCACGCCGGGCGUGGCGUCCACGCGGUCGGGCCUGCUCGAGCUGCACCGAGCGGCGCGACGGGCUGGAAAACUGCUGGUGGUGUCGCGCGUCGGCGGGGAGAAGGUGCUUCCCUGGUUGGUCUCCACCGCCGGCGAUGUCAGGUGCUUCGACACCGUCUCGCUAAGCCAGAAGCUGUCGCUACACCGCCACGCGCUGCGGCCCAUCACGCUCCACUUCCUCGCCUGGGACGACGGCGUCCUCCCGCCGUCACCGCAGCCGCCGCGGUCACCGGUACUCAUGAUGUCGCCGCCGUCCGCGGAAAGUGACGCCGAAGAGCUCGAUGGUGACGGCGACGGCCCCGGGAUCGAGGCCAGCAGGGGAGGGCCCAAGGGGUCGUCCUUCAGGUUUCAGAACAUCGGACUUCCGGAUAGCUGGAUGUGAGUGGACUGAUCAGUUCGAAGCAUAUGCGUCCUGUAAUGCUGCAUUUCGUUUUGCUUAAGUAUUUAGCUUUGUCGGGGAAAAACUGUUACUACAGUCUACAGGUUAGUAAUCGUUGACUGAUGGGAAAGCUAUCUCUAUAAUACCAUGGUCAAUGGGUCGUUGAUCAUGCUAGGAGGAUGUGUUUUCAUCAUUGUUCUAUCGUAAUAUAGUAAUAUAAAAAUAUUGAUCAUGUGAUUAUAAUCAGACAAAAGAGCCGUGUUGAAAACUGGUCUAAGAGCAUUGUAACACGGUAAUGUUCGAACUCAUAUCUGAUCUCGGGCUCAGAUGCUCCCUAUUUUUAGACCAA